AGAUGGCAGGAACCAGUCUAGGGGCCCGCUUCUACCGGCAGAUAAAAAGACACCCUGGGCUCAUCCCAAUGAUCGGCUUCAUCUGCUUGGGCAUGGGCAGUGCCGGACUCUACUUGCUGCGGCUUGCCCUUCGCAGCCCUGAUGUCUGCUGGGACAGAAAGAACAACCCAGAGCCCUGGAACCGCAUGAGUCCCAAUGACCAGUACAAGUUCCUUGCUGUUUCCACCGACUACAAGAAGCUGAAGAAGGACCGGCCUGACUUCUAAAGCGGGGGUGGGGGGUGUUCCAUCUAAAUCACUCCCUUCCACCCCUUGCCCCAGACCCUAGGGCAUCCGUCUAGCAACAUGGUCAAGCUUUUGCUUUCUGCUUACACAGGCCAGAUUCCCACGAAGAAGGAAGGCGGCUCCACCCCCACCCUCCUCCCUUGCUCCCAGGAGAGGAAAAGCCUCUGACCCUCCGCUUGAGUCCCACGUGGGGGAGGGAACUCAAGGCAGCAGGCAACAGUUUGGGUUGACCCAAAAGGCCCAAGUCAGUCCCCUUCUCCUCCUGCCCCUCCCCAUGCCCGACUGGGUGUGGCACAGGCUACGUGUUGAUCGUGUCUGACGUGUGCCAACAGCGAGCAGCGGCCUCAGUGCCAGCAACGUGGCAGGGCCCAUUAGUGUGAGUUUUGAGCAGGGUUCAGGGCGGCGUCUGCCCAGGCUCGGCUGGGCUCGUCCUGGGUACCUAGCCCGCCUAGGAUGUAUCUCUACCCUGCAAUGAGCUUCUUUCCUGCCCAAGCCUGCAGCCUCCCAUCAAGGACACCCCUCCCGCCUUGCACCUGGGCACUCCUGCGGCUCUCCCCACCCCUCCCUUCCCCUGCUUCUCUGUCCCUGGGGAUCAAACAGAAGCAGCCGUGGGCAAAAUACAAUUUCAUUUAACAAAUUGAAUUUGCUGCGCCUGCUAA